AUGCCGAAAAACACACGAGUGAUACUGUGCCACGGACCGUAUGAAUCCAAUGGAGUGGUUGCGCACAGGAACUUCCGCCUGCAGGGUCUCCUGGCCGCUCUAACAGCGCACGAGCACCAGUGCGUCUUGGAAGACACGUGGGAGUGGAACAUGGUGAAGCUCGUGGUCAACGGGCAGGUUGUCUUCAGCUGUAAUACAAAGCAGCUCGAGUUUGGUGGAGAUGGAAAACUGGACCCUGUUUGUCGAAAAGCUGUUGCUGCGGUGGAGAACGCUUACUGAAGAUAACACGAAUACAAAAUGAUUAUAAGCCUACACCCGUGUGAAUGUUUACCAUUUUAUCAUUCAAAAAACCCAGUCUCGUAAGACUAAUGUUAGCUUACUUUGUAUAUAAAAACACAUUGUUUUGUAUUUUUUUAUUAAACAUUUCAAUUUG